CGACGAGUUUUGUAUUAGUGUGAUUUUUUAGUGAUCUGUCAAAAAGUGAGUUUUAUUAAUUAGUUUGUGUAUAAAUUAUUUAUUUUGUUAACGCACGUGGGAAGGUUUUAUAUAAAUUGGAUAUACAGCUGGUCUGAUUGGUGCCGCAAAUAAAAGGAAUAAAUUUUAUAUAAAGAUUUGAUAUAACCCAAACUGGUCCACAAUGUCGUUUAUAAAUCCGCCGUCAUAUUGACUCCUGAUUCGACACAAGAUCUGAUGUCCUUAACUUUGGCACCACCAGCGUCUGCUCACGGGUAUUUGACGCUUAAUUCAAAAACCCUAAGAAUCUCAGUAAAAUACAAGGCCUAAAACUAAACCAAAAAUGGCAAACACGAAACCUUUACUAAAACAUGACUCAAUUUCCCCAACUGUCACAAUAAUGAGUGCUUCUCAAUCCGAUGCCACCAUCGGAUCUCCUAGUAACAGACCCGAGGUGAAGAGUCGACCAGUGAGCAUGUAUGAUAAUUUGAGAAACACCACUGUUCCUGGUGUUGUGAUAAAAACUGAUAACACUGAAGAAGGAUGUCAGUUGACACGAAAUGGAGGUGAUAUGAAUGCGAAUACUUCGGCGUCCGAACAGAAUUUGGCGAUUGGAGCAGAAGUCGCGUGCAAAAAAAAGACGAAUUUUUCGAAUGUUCCAGAUGUUUGCGGUGAUUGCGACAAGUGCACGAUUGACAGAAGCCCUUCUCAGGCUAUUUAUUUGACCACAACGGUUCCCCAAAAUAUGGCAGCUCGGGACAUCGCAGGGAGACACGCGCCAACCCGUCAGAGUUUACGACAUAGUCGUAUGAUUGUCAUGAGCAGAGGCGGAAAAGUGCCCCGGAAAUACUUGCCGCCCGUGGUUCGGCCUUACAAAGUAGCCCUGACAUUGGCCUGCAUGGAAUUGGCGUCCGGGAUCGCGCUGUCCUUGUUGGCUUUGUGGCUUCUGAUGUGGGCACCCAAUGCGGACCCGAGGCAUAAUCCUUAUUGGAGUGGACUCACUCUUGCUCUUUCUGGUGGAUUAAGCCCAUUGAUGUUAAGCUGCUGCCGAAAGGAAUAUCCUGGAUCUAAUGAAUAUUGUGUUGCAGCUUUCAAGGUACCCACUUAUAUAAAUACAAUUUUUGAAGAACAUCGUUUAAUUUCCUGA